AUGAUUUUCAUUCACUUUGGGAAAAUUGGAGAAUCGAUAUGCUUGUAACACACGGUCGGUUAGGGUGUUCUACGUUGAGGAAUUUUUCACUGCGUUAAUUUAGGCUCCGAUGGGUGAAAAAAUGUGAAUUUGUGUCCGAAUUUCAAGGGUCGGGUCCAUUAAUCUGUGUUUAAAGUGCGUGGAAGGAAUACAUGUCGGUAAACGGUAGAUAAAAGUGUGUUUUUCUUCGACUCUGCGCUGAGUAGGCUAGAAUCGGGUCGUGAAAAGGGCAAGGAAAAUUUCAAUCUAGUAGGUGAUUUAUUGAUUGGGGUGAUUUCCAGAGCACUAGAUCGAACUAAGUGCUAAUCAGCAAGGAUUACUGAAUUGGUUGUCGACGAAAUUGGAAGCUCAGAGAAGUAUCCAUAACUUCCUCAAACAGAGCUUGGAAAAUCAUUCGAUUUAAGGAGCUAGACACAAAGUGGGUUGAAAAUGCAGCCCCCACCACGAAAAGGCAAUUACACAAAAUUCCUGAAGAAUCUCCAUUCGGAGCAGUUGGCCAAGCUUGCUCUGAAAAAUCAAAAUGAGUGCGAGCUGCUGGAGGAUAUCCGCCAGUUUACCCUCAAACGAUCGGCGAUUGAAAAGUCGUAUAGCGAAGCUCUCCUCAAAAUAUCUUCGGCAUAUCUCAACAAAAAGCAGGCUUGCAUUCCGGAGAUUAAAAUGGAUGGAGCCGAGGAAAAAUGGAACAUGUGGAGCGUUUGGCAAACAGUAUUGGAAGAGAACGAGAAGCUUGCACGUGCCCGUCUAGCUGCUGUCGAGGUAUUCCAGCAACAAAUAGCAGACGAGGCCAAACUGCUUCGGAAUUCGAAGCUCAACACCAGCAAGAAAUCUAUCGAACAUCUUGGAGUGGUUCAGAAGGAACUUCAACUAUCCGUACAGGAUGUCGAUAAAACUAAAAAGUGUUACUUCGACGAGGAACACUGUGCCCACGAUGUUCGUGACAAAGCGCGAGACAUCGAGGAAAAGCUUAAAAAGAAAAAAGGUUCAUUUUUCCAGUCGAUCACCUCUCUCCAGAAGAACAGCGCUCGCGUAACCUCGCGGAAAGAGCAACUCGAGGAGAAAUCAACCGGAGCCAGAAACGACUACAUUCUUAGUCUGGCCUCGGCGAACGCACAUCAAAACCAUUACUUCACCAUCGAUCUACAAACUACGAUGGCCACCAUGGAGAACUACGUCUACGAACGGGUUGCCGACUACUUGGCAUUGAUCGGACGUACUGAACUACUGACCUGUUCGGCUACGCAGAACUCGUUCGGUAAAAUUCGCGAUCAAGCACAACAGUUGACGCGUGAGUACAAUCUACAGUGCUGUUAUCUGUAUUACCCGGUGCUGAAGCAGCACAUCCAAUACGAGUUCGAACCUUGCGAUAACGAUCCGAUCCGUAAGAUCACAGCGGACCACGAAUCUGCCGCAGAGACAUUGAACAGGGAAGGCAAACGUUGGGCAGGACGCGUUGCCCGCGAAAGCAACGUGAUCCGAGAUAAUGCUCGGAAACUGGCCAUCUGCACGGCGCUCCGUGAAGCCGGUCACCGUACGGAUCCAAACGACCAAAAUGGACCAGAUUUGGAAACGAAGAUCGACGAAUUCCGCGAAAACAUUCGUAAGGCCGAAACGGCCAAGUGCAAGGCCGAAGCACGUUUGGAGUGUUUGAGAAUCGGUGGUAUCAACGUGGACGAAUGGAUACAGGAAGCCGAAACGCUUAGCGUACAGGAGAUGCCACGUUCGGCUAGUUCGUUGUCGAUGCGUACCGAUGCAUCAGGUCAAGGGGAAAAUCCUAGCUCUGAUUCUUUCUACGAUAGUGACAAUGCAGAGCAAGAUCAACCAAUGUCAGAAUCAUCGCCAGCUCCAAAACAACCAGAGCCACCUGGUGAAGAGUUCGCUCCAGACAGUGAUGAAGAUGAAGACUUCGAGGUUGAACAGGAACGUCAGAAGAUCGAACAGAUAUCUCACACGUGGGAUGAUCCGAUUCAAGUAGAUUGGGGUGCUGAGGAAGCUGCUGCUGCUGCAGAAGCCAGCUUACCACCACAGCAACCUGCCGGGCAGACCUUCAAGUGUACUGCACUGUAUUCGUACACCGCACAAAACCCAGACGAGCUGACCAUAGUCGAAAGUGAACAGCUGGAAGUGGUCGGUGAAGGCGAUGGGGACGGUUGGCUGAGAGCUCGGAACUAUCGCGGCGAGGAAGGUUUUGUGCCGCACAACUAUUUGGACGUCGAGAGGGAUACACCGGUGGAUACUCAUACGCCGGCCCAACUAUCGACGCAGAUUUCCUUCUCGUCUGUUGAUUACACAGUCGACAACGAAGAUCAGGAUCAGAUGCAGGAUUCUGGUCAAUCGCCAGAUCAAAUCUCAGUUAUCUCAGCGCCGCGGAAGGCACAUCAGAUGUAUUGUAUUGCUCUGUACGAUUACGACGCCACGGCAGAAGACGAACUCACCUUCGAAGAAGGACAGAUAAUCAAACUCGUCACCAAGAGCCCCCACGGAGUGGACGACGGAUGGUGGGAAGGUGACCUGAACGGCAAGAUUGGAAACUUCCCCUCGCUAGUGGUGGAAGAAUGCGACGAAAAUGGAGAACCUUUGACCGAAGCCGAGGACGAAUCACCUCCACCAUCGGCUCCACCCACAUUUGCAGCACCAGCGCCACCACCCAUGGUUCUGCAAGAGGCCACGCCUCCCGAGGGCCAAAGUCCAAGUUAUGACAGUCGCAGUUCUGAGCCAGCGGUGGAUCGUUUCGAGUUUGAACUGAACGAUGAUCAGCACGACAAAUAUGGAUCGCAAUUCUCUGCUCCUCCCCCUUCGCAGCCACCCCCAGUAGUGAUUUGCGAGGAACCUGAGGCAGAGGAGGAAGAAUCUCGCAAAGAUAUAGCGGCCGCUACUCCAGCUACUGCUAACAGUGACGCAAACCAGCUGAACUUUGCCCAGAUAAUUGUAACCGCAGCUACGCCGAUGCACGAGGAUUCCGAUAAGCAAUUCCCGCCACCACCGGAAGAGCUGGAAGAGGAACAGACCGAGGAUCAACCGACCGAGAUAAUCGAGAAACAGGAGCAGGAAACCCAAGAGGUCAGCGCCAAGGAAAAGUCCAAAGUCGAGUCUCCACCCAAAGAGGAACCUCCCAAAGUGCAACCCCAGCCAACGAAGCCUCCAACUCCACCGAAACCGGCCAAACCUCCAUCGCCACCGAAGCCGGUCAAGCCUGCGUCACCUCCAAAAGAGCAACCGAAGGCAGCAUCUCCGCCAAGUAUGGAACCAAUCCCAGUGGACGAACCGGAGCCAGCACCGCUGGAAGAACCGGAGGCACCAUUCGAAUCCAGCGGCUUCGAGGCCAACUUCGAAGCCAACUUUGAGGCCAGCUUUGCCGCCAACUUUGAUGAUGCGUUCGGGAACAGUCAACCGGAAAUACCGAAACAGGUUGUUGGAGGCAGAGCGAGCAUACCGGAGGAACUCGAACCGCAUCAGUUGGCGCGCUUACAAAACCUUAAGGAAUCCAACGCAUAAUGAUGUUGCUCGACCGAUGAUGAUCUGUGUUGACCGAUCGAAUGAGUCGAUCCAGUUUUACUGUAGGUACAAUGAACGAACGAAACUUCACAUCAUGAAGUGUAAUGGAGCUCUGUUCGAGAGCGGUUGCAUGAUUUUUAAGAAAUUAUCGAUUUCCCUACUACUCCUCCCGAGAACGUAUCCAGGUGGUAAGAAUCAUCAGGCGAUGAGUACGAAUUAGAAGUUCUAAUAAACGCUCCAACGUAUUCUUUUCAACAUGAGUCAAAUUUUACCUACCGGACUGCGGUAAUGAUGCAUCAGCACUAUCCAAGCAACCACACGCAGCCUUAUAUAAUGCUCAUUAGUUAGAAAGCAGCAAUGAGAAUGCUUUAAAUUCUUAGAUUUCUUGACAACUUGAUCUACAGCGCACUUGUUGAUUUAGUUUUUCAAUCGUUUUUAUUUCUUACAGUCCAAGUUGUACAUUUAUUCAACGAGGCUCUUAACAAGACCUACAAUUUCACAAUAAUUUGAUAUGCUGCGUUUUAUUAUUGGGUAAUUGAGUUGUACAAUUAAGUUCAUAUUACAUCAAUUAGAUUGCACAAGAAAGUUGAACAUGUAGUCACUGACAAACAGAUGUUUCACUCUUCAGUUAGGUAUGGCAAACUCAACUAACUACGAAUUUGAAUAGCAUGAAACUUUGCGGAAGAGCCGCCAGAGUUGCUAAUGACCAAUGGCAUUAACAUUCACUAGUGUUCACAUCACUGAAUAAUACGAAGUGUUCCAUUAUGUUUCCUAAUUCCAAUUACCCUUCUUACUUCAGCUAUUCCAAGUAAAUUAACAAUCAGGUUAAAAUUUCGAUUUUUUACAGAAAACUUUUAGUUAUUUCUCUAAACAUUCUCGCAAAAAUUACAUCUAAGAUUUUUAUAACAAAAUCAUCAGUUUGGCUAGAAAUUCCUCGAUAAAUUUACUCAAAAAAAAAAAAGGAAUUACUACAAGACUCUUGAUAAUUUAGGCACAAGUUCCUUCAAAACACAUUUUUUUAUAAAAUUUUUCGUCAAGUUUUCGCCUAGGAAUUUUAUAACCUUAUGCAAUUCUUUGCAUAAGUUCGCAAACAUUUACUCGCGAGUAACCAAACAAAGUGUGAUCUAUUAUGGUUUUGAGAGACAAAUCAAUUGUACAUUAGGGCGGUUCAAAAUUUCCCAUUUGUACUUACCAUCAUUACCAUAAAAAUAGAUUUAAAGGUGGUCCAAAGACAAUGUAUGUUUA